AUGAAUAACCGCUUCAUCCUUCAGCUGCUUGAGACUGCUAUACAUGAACUUAUUCAUGCUCUUGGUUUUUCACAAGACCUUCGAUCAAAGUUCAGAGACUGUUCAGACACAGCAUUACAAGAUCAACAAUGCCCACUGUGGAAAAGGACAGUUGUCAUGGACUUAUUUGGAGUGCCUCGUGUAGUACUACCAUCAGUUGUUAACUUCACAAAACAGCAUUAUAACUGUGAUAUAACUGACUUUGGAGCUCCUCUGGAUAAACUGCCAGAUGGUUCUGGAGGAUCUCACUGGGACCCCUUAAUGAUGUAUGGAAGUAUGAUGACACCAAAAAUUGGAGAGGCAGGAUUUGUGUCACUUGAUGUGAUGACUGCUGCACUGCUAGCUGACAGUGGCUGGUACAAAGUCAACUUCACAGCUGUUGACUCCUAUGUCUGGGGAAAAGAUCAGGGCUGUCAAUUUGGAUUGCCAAGUUCCUGUUCCAGCACAUCUGUUGAACGUCAAACCUCACUGUUGUGUAAUCCCAGCUCAGUUCAAGAAGGAUGUGAUUUUCUCCAUCGUACUGUUACCACUUGUCAAAAACUUAGUCCCAGUCAUGAGUGUGGCAUUUUUAAACCCAACGUUACUUUGAAAGAAUAA